AUCACAUCUUACUGUAUGUUUAAAUGUCAAGUUUUAAGAAGUUGAAUACAAUUUUAUUUCAAAUUUUAAAUAAUUUUAGGGAAUAAUUAAAUUAAAAGUACAUCAUCUGCCUUUUUAACGCAGAAAAAAUGAUGAAAUUGAUAAAUUGGUUCACUGGUUACAGUGACCUUGACUCAGAGGCAGAGGCGGAAAAGCGCAGGAGAAUCGAAAUGGAAAAAAUACAGGCCGAGCACAAAAUUGAAGAGGAAAAGAAGGAACGUCAGAAACAAAAUGAACAAAAUGAAGCAAGGAUAAAAAAGCUGGAGAAAAAGCUGGAGAUUGGACAGAAACAGAGCAAAAUGACAAUGAAAAAUUUACAAAGGAAAUUGGACCAUGAAGUAAAUCUGCGAGAAGAUGAGAAAAAAGAUACGGAUGUUACAAUUCAAACACUACGAACGAAAAUAGAGCACAUAGAAGAGAAUAUGUGGGCAUCAGAUGUAGACGACAGCAAAAAACACUCAAAGAUAUGUGCUGUCAUGUAGCAACGACAGGGAUGAGACGUUGAUGAAAUGCUAAUAACUAAGUCAAAUGAAAUACACACAGAAGUUAAAUGAAAUACACGCGGACAGUAAACAACCCAAAUUUAAUGAAAUUUAUUAUUUCUAUUUGAUUUAUAUACCUUUUCACUAUUGUAAAGAUAAAAUAUAUGUAUUUUUGUAUA